AUGCAUGUGCGAACAGAAUACAUCGCCGCCUCUGUGAACAGGUUUCCUCAGGCCGCGGAUGCCUCUUCAUCAUCAUUGGUUGCGUUCGGAUCAGGUCGUUUCGUGGCUUUUUGGAACACAACCGACCGUGCUGAUCGAGGCGUAUACGAUACAUUGCCCGGUCAUGAGGCCUCUGUAACAUGUGUGCGUUUUGCGCGAGAUGAUCUCUUGAUUAGCGGAGACGAGAAGGGAUUCGUAGGCAUCUCGAGGCAAACUGUCGAACAUUGGGAUCUUGUCUCGAAGUUUCGGGCGCAUACGCAAGGCAUCUCCGCAAUCGCGUUCCACGGAGACUAUCUCAUUACCGGUGCUUCUGAUUCCUCGGUCAAGAUCUGGAGAGCAAAUCUUCACACAGGCGCUGCAGAAGAGCUUCAAAGGCUUGACCCGAGGGGCAAUCUUCCCCUAACACUUGCAUUGACUAGCCUCCCAGGAGUCACCAAUGGUGUUAUCCUUGCCGUUGGAGGCACAGGAACCACAAUUCAGGUUUGGAGCAGCUCUUCUACAAACAAUGCAACGACGCUUGCAGGACACGAAGACUGGAUUAGGAGCUUGACGUUCCGCCCACCCACAUCUCAGCAAGAACCUAUUAUCCUUGCUUCAGGCUCAGGAGACAGCACGAUCCGCCUUUGGAAUAUCGAACCCCAAGAGGAGACUCGGUCAAGUCGGGGUGCUGAUGAUGGUUUGAGCGAUGAACUCCUGGACGCUUUCGAAGCAUCUCUAGGCAACCCUAUCGGUGGGGAAGAAGGCGGCCGACAGAUAUCCCUCAAGAGACAUAGUGUCAAUAUCAGGACACCAGACGGUAGGCUCCUGCACUAUUACAUUACGUUCGACGCGCUCCUCAUAGGCCAUGAGGCUGCUGUUACCUCUCUUUCCUGGCAACCUCCCACGUAUGAUCGUUCCCCGCCCACUUUGCUAUCGAGUUCAACGGAUUCCUCCGUUAUAUUGUGGUCACCCUCGUCCAUGUUGGCAUACGGUGAUACUCAGUCGAUCUGGAUCAAUCGACAACGAUUCGGAGACGUUGGAGGUCAACGUCUGGGCGGUUUCGUUGGCGGUCUGUGGGCGAAGAAUGGUUCCGAGGUCCUGGCGUGGGGUUGGAGCGGUGGCUGGCGGAGAUGGCAAAACUCAUCGACAGCAAGUGGACAUAAAAACGAAUUAUGGAGAGAGAUCGGCGCGGUCACCGGGCAUGGCGGCCCCGUUCAUGGCAUCGACUGGAGCCCGGGCGGCGAGUACCUCCUUUCUUCAAGCUUUGAUCAAACAACUCGUAUACACGGACCAGUACGGACUCUCGAAGCCGAGGAUUCUUCUGCUGUCUGGCAUGAAAUAGGGCGGCCUCAAGUGCAUGGAUAUGAUCUUCUGCGCGUACAGUUUAUCAACGCCCUCCGGUUCAUAAGCAUCGCGGAUGAAAAGGUGGCACGAGUAUUCGAUGCCCCGCAGAACUUUGUGGAGCUUCUAGGCAAAUUGAGAAUCAGUGUUGCUUCUGGUGAACAGGUACACCGUGAUGAUACAUGCAGGCUUGAUGAUGCCGCUCCGCCUCACGCGGGGAUUACAUGGAGACCUACAGAAGGUGAAUUAGCCUCGAUGACCUUAUGGCCAGAAGUGGAAAAGAUAUUUGGACACGGCUACGAGUCCAUCUCUCUCGCGGUUUCUUCGUCGAAGAAACUCUUCGCGACCGCCUGUAAAGCGACGGCACCCGAGCAUGCCGUGGUCCGAGUUUACGAUGCCAUUACAUGGACUCCAUUCGGGACGCCGCUUACAGGACAUACGCUCACGGUGACGCGGAUAGCGUUCAGUCCUGACGACCGAUUCAUCUUGACUGCAUCAAGGGAUCGAUCAUGGAGGUUAUUCGAAAGAAAAGGUGAAGAAGGGUACGUACCCGCCGCUGCGGGCGACAAAGCACAUGCUCGGAUCAUCUGGGACUGUGCGUGGUCGAAAGAUGGUGACGUAUUCGCGACGGCGUCAAGAGACAAAACGGCGAUGAUAUGGCGCAGAGUGAAAGAAGAUUUUGCUGAUAAAUGGGCGCCGAUUGUGACUAUUAAGGCAAAAGAAGCAUUGACUGCCGUGGCCCUUAGCCCCAAGGAUGAGAGCGGAAGGCGGUGGAUGGCACUGGGGCAAGAAACAGGAGAAAUUCUUAUAUACUCGUGCCGCACGCAGGAGAAGUGGGCGUUAGAAACGACGUUGGAUCACAGGUCUGCACAUCUCGACCAUGUUCAUCAGCUCCAAUGGCGACCGGUGCACCAAGGACAGCGAAAAGAGCUAGCGAGCUGCAGUGAAGAUGGUACAUUGAAGGUCCAUGCAAUGAAUGAAUGA